AUGAAUAUAACUCCGCUUUCGGCGCUUGUGGAUUUUGAUCUCGAUCACGUGCCGGCGAUCGAUUUUUUGGAAGUACGGUACUGUCUUAGUACGGGACUUUGGAAAAGGUUCUUGGAUACCUCAUUAAAAGCUCUCAAGAUGGGCAAGUCUCAAAAGAAACGCGCGAUGAGGAGGCAUAAUCCGAUGAGAGUCCCAGACUCUCAUAUUCCUCAAGGAUUGGCGGCGGCAUCGGAAUCGUCUUCGAAAACUGGACAGGUUUUGCCCAUUAUGCAAAAGAUGGAAAGUCCAGAUGCAUCCGAAAGAAAAUGGGCUUGUGUAGCCGUGUCCAAUAUCAUCCAGAACGACCCGUCAACCCGUCGGUUGCUUCAAGGCAAAAACGUGGUUGGUGCUUUGAUUACAAGGCUUAGUGACAGUGAGGAGGAGGUGGUUGCUGAGGCUAUGGGUGCCCUGAGGAACCUGUGCAUCGAUGGCGGAUACGACAUUUGUGCCGAAAUGUACAACAAGAGCAUCCUCACACCGCUUAAAACUUUCAUCCCGAAGAUUUCGGCUACUUUGGAGCAAUACCUGACUUCGCCUGGAAGUGCACCGGACAAUGCCAAAAAGAUCGUCUACGAGUUCGCUGACAAUGUUAUCACUACUCUGUGGUGCCUUUCGGAGACGUCGAACAAGGCUCUAAACGCUAUCAACGAGAUUAAGCUCGUCCCUUUCUUAAUGUCCUUCCUAUCGUCCAAGGAUUCGUUGCAUAUUGCCCCUGUCACUGCAGCUGCGCAAUGCCUAUACGUUUUGACAGACGAUAAUAGGCCUGCUAUUGUGGAACUUCGGUCGGACGCCAACUAUAUCUCGUGUCUAUUGUCCAUCGCCAAAGCCGAGUUCUCAGUCAACGGGAAGCAGAAGGAAUUGGAUCCUCGAGUCGUCACCUUGAGUGUUCUUGCUGCCGGUAUCCUCCAAAAUAUCUCACCCAUCCCUGGUCCUUCUGUCGCCUCAGCUGUCGAGAUUGACAAGGAGGUUACACUGCCUCUCCUUCAACCUGUCAUCUCCUCGAUUUCCUUGCCGGAGAUUUCCAAAACGGUCCAGGAACUUAUUCAAAGACAGGCCACGGAGCCGGCCAUUGAACAAUUGACAUUGAAGAACCUGCCUCGCUCAGACCACAAAUCCGAAAUCGAGUUGCAGUUGGAAUCCCUGGAAGCAAAAUUGCGUACGGUCCAGUUGUCGUUGGAAAUUUUGACUGGCAUUUGCGCUACCUUGCCCGACCCUGGGCCUGAUGCGGAUGAAAACGACCCGGAGGAAGAUGAAAUGGACGGUGAUGAAGACGAGGAAGAUGCGGGUGAUGCGGAGCCUUCGAAAGACGGCGAGGAUGACAAGAUGGAUGACGAUGAAAGCACCACAUCGAUAGCUCCCAAGUCAUCGUCUCUACUGAACCUGGUGUUCCCUCUUCUUGCUCUAAUCCAGCCGACUGCCCUCUCCUUCCCUCCUCUUUCUUCAGCGUCGCCUCACCCACCUACAACCUCGGCCUUGAGUGCUAUCCACAUCAGUGCUCUCCAGUGCCUAAAUAACAUCUUCCUUUCCCUAUCCGUGUCAUCCAACGAAGCUGUAUCGAAGGACGUGCAAAAUGGAUUGACGAUCUGGAGUAAUAUUUGGUCGGCUCUGCAAUUAGUUGGCACUCAGACAGGUCUGGGUCAAGAACGGAGAGAAGAAUUCUGGGAGAUUGCAGUCGGAGUAUUGUGGGGAGUUGGCAACGUAUGGAAGGGCUCGAUAGAACCUCAAGGAGAGCAAAUCACCCUGCUCAUGCAACUCUGCGACUCGACGAAAGAUGAAAGGCUGAGGGUGAAAUGCGUUGGAACUUUGGAGUGCCUAGCUCAAUUCCCUGCUGCAAUCGAACAGAACAAAGUCAUCGCCCAGUAUCUCCUCUCUAUGCUCCCGACAUCAGGGCCUUCACCCGCAGGUACCGAACCAAUGAUCCAGGCCGCCUCCGCUCUCAUCGACAUCUACUCUGACGAAACCCUGCCUUACGACAUUAACUUCCGACAGGGCAACUUUGUCCAAACACUCGCGGCAAGCGUAGAUGGAGUCAAAAAGGCUGUCAAAGCCAUCGAUAGGAGGAAGGAAGGUGGUAUGGAUUUGAGGAGGAGAGGUGACCUUGUGAGGGAGAACCUCGUGGAUUUCAUCAAGUAUCGCAAGAGCCUGAAGCUCUGA